CUGUCUUUAUUUCAAAAACGGUAGGAGAUGCAGGUCUACUUGUCCUGCUCCUUCUUAUUCAAUUGUCCCCUGUGCCAAAACUCAACAACGACCAGCACAAAGACAGAACACUGACAGCGCGCCAGUAUGCGGAGCACGUUAUUUGAUCUGGAGCGCAUUUUUUAUUUUGAGAACGUACGUGCACCUGCGCACUACUCAUGUCCAUCACUUAACAGAAGUGACAUGUAACAUGUAAGGCUUAUUGAAAAAAAUAUUUUCAAAUGCAUUUUUACAUAACACAAUGAAGAAACUUACUUUUAAUUUCAGUGGGAACAGUGUUGUUGGUCUCCCUUUUUAGCCAGCGCAUCAAAGUCUGGAUUUAGUUUUGUUGUGGCGAUUCUCAGGAUGGAUCUGAGGUGUUGGUCAGUUAACUUGGAUCUGUGGCUGGCUUUGUUAAUGUUUGUUGAUGUUCAUGACGCUGAACGCCUGUUCACACAAAUAGGUCAAGCCGAACAAAGAGUAAAGCACAAAUGUGGAGUAAUACGCUGCACCUCAACAAAGGUCAAUGUAUAUAGAGUGUGUCAUCUAUUGGGAAAACACCAGAAUUGCGGGGAAAAAACGUUAACAAGGUUUAUUAAUAUAAUUUCAUCAGGUUCUGCGGGCCGGAUUAAAAAGCUUAAUGGGCCGCAUAUGGCCCGCGGGCCGUAAUUUGCCCAUGACUGCUCUGGAACCUCUCCCGUCCCCAUUGAUGAUGCAAAGAUCACUGCCAGAGGCUUAGCAAUCUCCUCCCUUGACUCCCACAGCAGCCUGGGAUAUAUCUUGUCUAUUCCCAGUGACGUAUCCAACUUGGUGCUUUCCAAAAACUCCAGAAUAUCUUCUUUCUUAAUGUCUAUAUGUUCAAACUUUUCAGUCUGCUGUAAGUCAUCCCUACAAUCGCCAAGAUCCUUUUCCAUUGUCAUUAAGUACCUCAGCUAUCUCCUCCGGUUCCAUACACACUUUUCCACUGUUGCACUUGAUUGGUCCUAUUCUCUCACGUCUUAUCCUCUUGCUCUUCACAGACUUCACAAUAUCAAUAACUCCCAUAAUCCUAAAGAUUUCCCUCUGAUUGGUGAGAAUUCAUGGGUAUGAAACCAAAAUGUUUAAACAUUUCAAAUUGCUUGUUUUUUUUUUAAAAAAAAAGCAAAAAUAAACUGCAGAAUCUGAUAACUGGAAAUAAAAUGAGAAACAUUCGGAAAAGUUGACAACAUUUAAGAGGGGUGGCGGAGGGAGUGUAGUGGGAGGAUGGUGAUGAAACAAUCAAAAUGUAAUCCUGCAACUGGUUGUAUUGAAUGUUGGUGUUGGAAUAAAAAUCAGUGGUUGAAAAAAGUUGACACCAUUUCAUUGAAACUGAAAAUUAUGAUAAGCUGAUUCUAAGUUAGAAAUACAAUAAACAUAUGUAGGUGUAUCUACAAACAUUACUAUUAAUUUAAGUACAACAAUCAUCAGUUUACUGUGUUUCCUAUUUUAUGUAAAUAAAUUAAUUAACCCUGUAUAAAUAAAUGUACGGGGGUAGACAUUAAAAACUACUGUCAGGAGUGGGAUUCGAACCCACGCCUCCAGAGGAGACUGCGACCUGAACGCAGCGCCUUAGACCGCUCGGCCAUCCUGACGCGCUGGCAAUCAUCUACUAAAACCGAUUUGAAGUCUGUUGAUAAAUUGAUUAUUCUAAACAUUGACAAUACCAGCGAGAAACAGUCUUAUAACUAGUUCCUUUCACCCGCAAUAUUCCAGAGUAUCUUUUAACUGCUCGCAAUUCUUCGACUAUCUGAAACUGCCUUACACCCUGAAUAAUAUUUCCCUUCUCUCCAUGAGCGUACUUUUGUAAUUAUUCAGUCAGACUUCCAUCUGGUGAUGGCGGAUACUGGGGGAGUUUACCUGGCAGCGCAAGGGGAAAGAGGGCCGGAUCUCAUUGUCGCAACACUGGCAGUGUGGCUGGGCAGAGCCGCCCGGCGCUCCGGCUCUUCCCGCACUGCCCGUCACCCGAGGGCGAGGAAAUCGCACUCCUUCACCGGAGGUUAUGUAACCUUCCGAGAGCAGGGAAAGCCGCUGGAAGACGGGGAAAAUGCUGGCAAUUGGCAGGCUGCCCUGGGAAAUCCGCGUGUCACUCUGCGCCGCUGUUGUGUUUUUGUCCAUGGUCGUCAGCAGGAGUUUGAGAGACUACUUUGAUCAAUCCACACUGCUAAAGUUGUACCGGGUUCAGUUUCUGCUGUUUGUCAACAUCCUCCUGUCGAUCGGGUCGCGGUACAUCUGGAAGAAGACCGUGUCGGGCCUGCAGACCUCCUGCAACAACGCCAAGUGUUUUACCGGCUGGAAAAUCACUGUCGCGGGGUUUCUACUUCUAGCUCAUUCCAGUUUUAUUUCUUUGCUGACUCUGGUGUCAGAGGAGCCUCACAUCUUUUCUCUCGUCUGCUACUCCUGCCUAGGAAUCUACGUUUUCCUCAUUUUCAGCCUGUUUGCGCUCGGGCUGCUGGAACAGGCCCUGAAAUUGGUCAGCUUCAGCCGGGCGUCCUCGCACAGUCACAAGCGGAACGCGGUCACCGUGGCCCUGGCUCUGCUGUUCACGGUGGCGUGCACAGUCCUGGGGCUCCUCAACGCACGGCUGCCCCCGCUGAUCAAACAGGUGGACGUCUCUCUCCCGAAGCUACCGCAGCCAUUCCAUAACUUGAAGAUGGUUUUGUUGGCUGAUAUCCAUUUAGGACCUACAGUGGGAAGAACCAAACUUGAAAUGGUGGUGAAGAUGGUGAAUGAACUAAAUCCAGAUAUCAUCGUGAUAGUGGGUGACCUGACUGACUCCCAGGUAGUCAACCUCAGAACUGCCACAGAGCCUCUCAGACAGCUGAAGCCAAAAUUGGGGACGUACUUUGUUACAGGUAACCAUGAUUAUUACAGUGCUGACAUCACCAACUGGUUUAUGCACCUGCAGUCGUUAAAUGUCCGGCCUCUCCACAAUGAGCAUGUCAGGAUUUACAGCCCCACUGGGGACAAGAACUGGUUUUGUCUGGCAGGGGUCGAUGACAUUGAAGCAGAUCUGUUACGGUAUCCUGGACACGGUAUGGAUUUAAAGAAAGCAUUGGAUGGCUGCAGUACUGAAGAUACAAUAGUACUGUUAGCACACCAGCCAAUAGCUGCCAAACGUGCCCUUCAAAGCAGACCAGAUAUCAGCCUGGUUCUCUCCGGUCAUACCCAUGCCGGACAGAUUUUUCCUCUUUCGAUUUUUGCCUAUUUGUUUAAUCCAUACUUUGAAGGUCUCUAUAAAACUGUUGAGAACAGUUUAGUGUAUGUAACACCUGGGACAAUUUACUAUGGAAUUCCAAUGAGACUAGGAAGCAGAGCAGAAAUAACAGAGCUCAUUUUUAAGACUGAAUGAUACCACUGUCUUGAUUCAUGAAUGUUAACACUGAUGUGUGUAAAGAAUAAGUAGGUAAUUAACUAGCUUAUAUAACAGCUAAAAUCAUCAAUUAAUUGUUCUGAAGAGAUCAAAAUAUACUGUACAGUCAAUGCCUGUGACUGCACUAAAGUUGAUGUGUUUUAAGACUACAGAUGCAAAGCAAAGAUGGAGAUGCAAAGCAGUCCUUAUGGGAUUUACAUUUCUGUGCUUUCCUUCUGUCUGUGGUCUUCAAGUAUCAUAAGGGGCCUGCACUUAACCAAUUACCUCCCACCCCCUUGUGCAGAUUAUUUGGGGAUCAAAGACCCUUCUGUCCACACCUUCACCCACAGCUGCAUGAUGAAGCCGGAAAGUCAAUGUGUGGAAGAUUCUGCCUAUAGAUUGACUUUCACAGCAUAAAGCACUGUUCAGGAAACUAAAUGGAAAAUAUUCAAUACCUCGUAAUCUUAAUGUGAGUGUUUAUUCUCAUUUAGUUAACCUCCAUUAAAUUCCAAAUCAAAAAUGUUCCUUUGAAUUUUUUUUCGUUUGUAUUUGAUAUUUGUCGAAAGUACUGUAAUUGUUACUGUGGUUUAUUAAUGCCAUAAAUUAUUUGUAAUUGUGAGUGCCUAUCAAUAAGAUGUAAUGCUAAUUGUUGCACUAUUUAUCAACAGCUGGUAUAUAAAUGCUUGAGAUUGCUCCUCUUCUCUUAAUAUGACUUCCAAUUAUUUGUCCUAACUUUAUAUACUUUUGAAUAUAUUGCAAUCUAUUGGAAAUACUUUGUGCUUCCUGACAGUAGGAAGCAAUAAUAUUGUUCCAUCCUUUAGGAGGAUUGUCAUACUUUUUAAGGAAGGUAGGCCAUAUGGAAAAAAGAUGUCUUUGUGCUGGUUUUAAUUUGCCCGUCGGUUACCAAACACUAUCAGUUGCUGCAUGAAGAAGAUUGCACGUCCUUGUCCCUGUAACCAUCAGCACUAAGUGUGUUAAAACAUGAAUAAAUCUAUAUGAUUGACAGUAGUAAAUGAAAACAAGGAGAUCACAGCAACUGGGCCAGGCCACAGAAAGCAACAUGAGCAUUCCAAUCUGAUCGAAUCACUUCACUUCUUCAGACAUCUGAGUCAGUUUGCAUUAACAAUUAAAAUGGUCAAAAGAUGAAGGAACAGCUGAUUUGAAUGAAAUAACUUCGUGCACGCAUAAACAUUAUGCAAUUUUCAAUAUCCUAAUGAAAGGAGAGGUUAAAGCAGCCAAACGUACUAAUUUGUAAAAGUAAACAGUUUUCUUGUAAAUCUAAGAAAGAACAGAAAAUGUAAAGAUGGGUGAAUAUUUUACUAUUUCAGCUGUCAUUAGAACAUGGUUGUUUCAAACAUUGACAAGAGGCACUAUGUUAGAGAUUAAUCUUCAGUUUUAUGUGUUGCAUUUUUGUGCAUUAAUGUAGAAUGGAUGCAUUAUAUUCUGCUGAUGAAAUUCAUGUCAAUCAAAAUCAAAAAAACUGAAUAUCAGAAGCAGAGUACGUAGGUGUAUGGUACUACAUUUCACUUCUAAGCCCACCGUGACAAUGGAAACAUUUCUGUGCCUUUGCAUUGUUCAAUUUGCACGUUUCCCCUUCUUAAUCGUAUUAUUUAAAUACAGAACACACGUUACUUUUAUACCCUCAAAGGAAAUUAGAAUAAACAAAUUUGACCUGAUAUCAGGAACAUUGCAAAGAGCUGCCACUGCUGAAUGUUUUUGCCAAAGACAAGAUUAAAUUUGUUAAGUUUAAUCUGAAUUUCUGUGGAGCUGAAUAGUGUUCACCAAAACUGUUGUGUUUAUUUUCUCUGGACUAAUAAAUUUGACUCUGUCAAAACUAAACAGUA